AAAGUCUUCAUCUUUCAGUUACAGACCGUUCUGCAAUUUCCCAAUUCUCCCUCUUGAAAUACAAGCUGAGCUCUUUCCUUUGUUCCAAUGGAGGUUGGUCGAUUACUUGACAGUACUUCUGCAACUCCAGUAAAAUCCGCGAACCCCAAUUCAAUUUCGAAGGUCAGAGUCAUCGUGCGGGUGCGCCCUUUUCUUCUCCGAGAGAUCGCUGCAGGUAACGGAGAUCAGACGCCGUGCGCCUCUGUUGUCGAACAACAAUCCGAUUCCUCUGCCGAAGAAGUGGUCGUUUAUCUCAAAGAUAAAGAUACAAGCCGAAACGAGUGCUAUCGGUUGGACUCCUUCUUUGCCCAAGAGGACAACAAUGUUGGCCGGAUCUUCAGUAGAGAAGUGUUCCCUUUGAUUCCGGGACUCUUUCAUGGCUGCAAUGCGACGGUGUUUGCCUACGGAGCUACUGGAAGUGGAAAGACUUACACUAUGCAGGGAACGGAUGAGAUGCCGGGUUUAAUGCCACUGGCCAUGUCCAAAAUCCUGUCUAUGUGCCUGAGCACAGGAAGCUCAGUAGAGCUUUCAUACUAUGAGGUCUAUAUGGACAGGUGUUAUGACCUGUUAGAGAUCAAAGCCAAGGAAAUUACGGUUUUGGAUGACAAAGAUGGGCAGAUUCAUCUCAGGGGACUUUCUCGGGUGCCUGUAAAGUCCAUGUCUGAGUUUUACGAGGCCUUUUCUUGUGGGAUUCAGAGGCGGAAAACUGCACAUACGGGUCUCAAUGAUGUCUCUAGUAGGAGCCAUGGGGUCCUUGUGAUCGCCGUUUCCACUCCUCAUGAUGAUGGUUCUGGGGAUUUCGUUACUGGGAAGUUGAAUCUCAUUGAUCUAGCAGGCAAUGAAGACAAUAGAAGAACUUUCAACGAAGGGAUUCGUCUCCAAGAGAGUGCGAAGAUUAACCAGUCCUUGUUUGCAUUAUCGAAUGUCAUUUAUGCACUGAACAACAACUUAUCCCGAGUGCCCUAUAGAGAGAGUAAAUUGACUCGUAUUUUGCAAGACUCAUUAGGUGGGAUGAGUCAGGCUUUGAUGAUUACUUGCUUGAAUCCAGGAGAGUACCAAGAGUCUGUUCAUACUGUCAGCUUGGCAGCUCGGUCACGUCACAUUACCAACUUUGUUCCUUCAGCUCACAAGCUAGAGACACCGAAGGUUAAAGUUGACAUGGAAGCCAAACUUCGUGCUUGGCUUGAAUCAAGAGGAAAGACGAAGAGUGCACGAAGAAUUGAAGCAUUCAGUUCUCCCUUGUUGGGGAAAACUCGUGGUUCUUCUAUUGCCAAUGUCAAGAGACCCAACAUCAACCUCAGUUCUAUGAAAUCCAAGGUUAAUACAAACAGAAGUGCCUGUACUGCAAAAGAAAGGAAAAUCACUAUGCCUAUGAGGAACAUAUUUGACAAUGAAAGUGUAGUUGAUUCCAAUUUGGAGAACCUCCAAUUCGCCGCUAAGGAUAAUAAACAAGAGGGCAAUGCUGGAGGUGGUGGAUCCAUAUUCGAAUCCAAUACAAGUUUACAUGGUGAGCCAUCAAACCAGGAGGGAAACUCGCCGGGAAGUUCCUUGAGAAAAGCUCUCUCCCCAGUCAACACCAAUAUAAAUCAAAAGCCCCUCAAUGAACCUCUAGUCACAAAUGGAGAUUGCACUCCGAAAACUCCCUCUUUAGCGACCUGCACGAAAAACAUGUUCCAAAUAACAGGCACCCCACUUGAUAAAUUCACUGCUUGCGGAUCAAACAUAAAGAAUUUCCUACUUCAAGAGUAUAUUGACUUCUUGAACACAGCCAAAAGGGAAGAGCUGCUAGAGUUGAGGGGAAUAGGAGCCAAAAUGGCUGAAUACAUACUUGAGCUCAGAGAAACAAGCCCUUUAAAAUCGCUGAACGAUUUGGAGAAAAUAGGUCUCUCAACUAAGCAGAUUGUCAACCUGUUUAAUAAAGCUGCAGUAGGGGUACUUGAUAAGCAAAUAAAGGCAACACCCAGCUGCUCAGAUAUUUUACAGGUCAAGUAAGCGUGACCUCGGGUAGGGGUGUCCGACAACGUCCAACUCUAAAGCACCUCUCACAAAAAUCAUUGGGAAACCUCUUGUAUUGUAAUCCACCAACCGCACGUUGGUCUGACCCGAUGAGAGGCGGCAGCCCUACGGAGAUUUAUAGUCUUGUGAAGCAGACUCUGUAACAUUGGCCCAUCAGAUUCCUUACUGAUUUGGAUUGCACAUGUGAUUGUAAAAGACAAAAAGAACAUGUUUGUGUCGAUUUGUGUAGCGUUCAUCAGACCCUUUUUUGUAGUGCACAAUCAGUUAAAUGUAAUGUCAUAUUUACAACUCUAAUCUAAUUCUUCUUUUGUGUUUUCUUCUUCA